AUGAAACCAUACAUUGGUAUUCCACUUGUGUUCGGACUCGUCUAUCGAGCCUGGUCCCGCAAAUCCCUUACCCCUCUUGGCCUUGUUGUUGCGGGAUGUUCAGCCUCCGCACACGCCCUCCACCCAUGGUCAGCACCAGUCGCACUGCUGGCGGUGUUCUACUUUGGUGGAACAAAGGUUACAAAUGUAAAACACGAGAUCAAAUCUCGCUUGACACUCUCUGCCACCGGCACAGAAGGCGGAGAAGGCCCCCGUAACCAUAUCCAAGUAAUCGCAAACUCCAUUGUCGGAACGGUUUUAUCUAUCGCCCAUGCCAUUGUCCUCGCCAACUCAACAGACACGGAAUCAUGCUUCUCGCUUGGUCAGAAUGCGUCCGAUAUUUUGAUGGUUGGGAUUGUUGCAAACUACGCCGCCGUCGCUGCAGACACAUUUUCCUCCGAACUGGGCAUUCUUUCAAAAUCCAAACCUCGUCUUAUAACCUCCCUCAAUCUUCGCAAAGUCCCCCCUGGUACAAAUGGUGGUGUCACUGCAACUGGGCUUGGAGCUGGUCUUCUUGGUUCAUUCAUUGUCUCUUUGACAUCUGCUGCUGUUCUUCCAUUUUGUUCCAGUGCAGGAAUGAAAGAGCGAGUGCUUUGGACUGUGGCCUUGACUAUUUGGGGUGCGCUGGGAAGCGUCCUUGAUAGUGUACUAGGUGGUCUUUUGCAAGCUAGCGUUGUUGAUAAGAGGAGUGGAAAGGUUGUAGAGGGAAAUGGUGGCAGGAAGGUACUCAUUCACCCAGCUUCCUCGAAAAUGUCGGUCAUAGGUGCUUCUCACACCGAAACUACAGGGAGGGCUGUUAACGCGGCUCAGUCUCGCGGCAACCAAGGGAAGCCCGAACAGCAAGAAGAGGUACAUGAAAGCCGUCGUGUUGAAACCGGUCAUGACUGGCUUGAUAAUAACGGUGUCAACGUGCUGAUGGCUGCUUCUAUGAGUCUUGGGGCCAUGGCUAUUGCACAGUAUGCUUGGGGACUGAACUUAUUUGAGUUGCUUGUUUAA